AACGAGGAAGUGGUUUAAACUUCGGUUUGUUUUGAAACUUUGCGUGUUUUAAUCAGGUGUAAUCGGUGUUAUUAAAUUAUUUUUUAACUUAGCUGUGAAGUGUUUGCCUUAGCUGUUUGUUUUCGUGUUUUAACAUCAGUUUGGGUUUAUUUCCGGUGAAGGGACCUGAGUUGUCCGGGUUAAACUAAGCUGUUCGUGGAGACUUUGUUCCGAUGGCUGCGGACUGGAUCGGACUGAGUUAUGCUGUUCUGGUGUCAGCUGGAGGAGUGCUGGGUUUUGUGAAAGCAGUUACCCAAGACUGUGCAGCGUGUCUUAAAUGCAAAAUGUGGAAAAACUUCACCAACUGGGUAGAAGAUCUCGGUUCGUGUUCCUGUCAGAUAAACGUCUCUGUAAACGUCCUCCAGGCAGCCUCACCUCUCUGGUCGCCGGUCUGCUCUUCGGCCUGCUGGCUGCCGUCGGCUCUUAUCAGACGUCUCAGAACCCCAGGAAUGUGUGGCUUUCACUGGCGACAGCAGGAACUCUGGCCGCCGUGAUGGGAUUCAGGUUCCUGAACUCCUGGAAGUUCAUGCCGGCCGGUUUGAUGACUUUAGCGAGUGCACUGAUGCUGGUGAAGAUCAUCACUGGGAUGUUAAAGACGCGACCACACAAAACCUGAAUGUAUUCAAAUCAACAUUUUCAACAUUAAACAUUCCUGAUUUCC